AUGAUCAAAUCAGAUGAUGCUCUUGAAGUUAAACAUGUCGCUUUUGCUGACGAUCUAUGUGGUGCUAGUAAGCUUGCUACGGUAUGGUCCUGGUGGGACAACAUUGUUUUGUAUGUUCCUCUUUUGGGUUACCACCCACGAGCAGAUAAAUCCUGGUUGAUAGUAAAACCUAAUUUCGACAAAAAAGGGAAAAAAAUCUUUGUUGGUACAAAAUUUCGUAUCACAACGGAAAGACAUUAUUGGUUCGAAGAAAGGGAGAUCUGAUAACGUUAGUUGUCUGAUUGGACGAUGGUGCAAUCAACUUGAAGUGCUAAGUAAUAUUGCAAGACUUCAGCCACAAGCAGCGUAUACCGCAUUUACCUCCGGAUUUUGACAUCGCUUUACGUACCACAUACACGAACUAUUCCGGACAUUCAGAACGAAACGCAUCUGAUUGAUACGAUGCUUCUUCUUGCGCUUUUGGACGGUCGUAGCCUUUCCUUGGAUGACAGAAAGUUACUGUCAUUGCCUACGCGACUUGUAUAAAAGAUCGUCUGCCAAGAACUGACGGGUAAUAUCUUUGAACAGAACAACACGACAACAGAUCAAAGUAGUAGAACACUACUCAACGACCUAAGAUCAAACAUGACAACAGAACAGAUUCGAGCGAAUGAUAUAGCCCAACAGAAAGGAUCGUCAAUUUGGCUGACGGCACUCCCACUGGCAAACGAAGCGUACGUUCUCAACAAGUGAGACUUUUACGAUGCUAUCUACCUACGAUACCGGUGGCAAUUGAAACGCCUUCCAUCAUAUUGCGCGUGUGGAAAAUCAUUCACAGUGGACCAUGUCGUAUCCUGUUUGAAAGACGGAUUUGUUCACCGACGACAUGCAUGACGAGAUCCGUGACCUAUUGGCGACGGUGAUUAAUGAAGUGGCUUAUGACGUAUCUACAGAACCAGCCCUAACUCCUCUGACUGGUGAAGUACUACCGCCAAGCGCAAAUUCAGCGGAUCAUGCCAGAGUUGAUAUAGCUGCAAGAGGUUUCUGGCAGAGAUGUGAAAAGGCAUUUUUUGAUGUCAGGGUUUUUAACCCUUAUGCCCCAACACUCGAUGCCAGAGUCUCGUAA